GUGGCUGUGUUUAGUGAACCCGGAAGACAAGGGAGGGGGCGAGGAAAAGAAGCUGCUGCACAAUAAUACGAAAAAAGGAGGGAAGUGAGGAAGGUAUGAGAGAACAGUGAGGAAGGCUCUGACAGCCCAAGCAGCAGUGACAGCAUAAGGUGGAAGUCAGUGUAAUGCAAGAUAUGUUUGCAGGUAUCUGCUACUUACGUGCGUAGUUGAAGAGGGGAAAGCUACAAGCAUCCAAAUAUGAAACGUUCAAAAACAAAAAAUGUGGCAAAGAAGACUGCUAGAAAAGACUUGAAUGUCAUUGCCGAAGAAGUGCACACAGAUGGAAAAGUAGAUCGUGUUGGUGCUCAUGUGCUAUCACCAUUGAAGAGCAAAAAUUUAAAAAUUCCAGAUUCCAAGAAUGCACUGAUGUCCCUAAGCAUAUCCAGUGUCACAAAAGCACAUGAUGAUAUUGCAAUGGAUGAUGAGGACGACAUGUCUUUUGAUCCACCCUUACACAGCACAGCAGUUUAUACUGAUGCAGAUGAGCCCCUAGAAAAAGACUUAAUUGAGGAAAGGCCUAUGGUGGAACAGUCAUUACGUUCUUCAGCGAGGAAAGGCAAAAGUCAGAGCACUACGUCAUCAAAGAGCAAAACUUCAGAAUCCUCAGAGGAUCACACAACACAGGAGAAUACAGUUAUUGAGAAAACAAAAAAGACCCUGAACAAAUCAAAGUCAUUUGUUCAAGCAGCUAAAUCUUCUCGCAGAAAAAGCAUAUCUGGAAAAGCCACAAGCAAAUUACACACCCCUGUCAAAACAAACAGAAGUAGAAGAAAAAUAGAUGAUGUCAUGACACCAAAAAAAACAUUUGAUUCUAAAAAUAGUCACCCAUCAGAAAGGAUGGAUGAAGAAGAGGAGGGAAAUGUAUCAAGAAGACCAGGUCAGGCAAAGAAACGCAGAAAGAAAAUCAGUGAAGUAUCAAAUCAGGGUGAGGUAGAAGAUAAUUCAGAAACCCCUGGUCAAACAAAGAAACAUAGAAGAAAAGACAAAAGUAUGGCUCCAAGCAAAGCAAAAUAUCAAGUGCAGACAGAUGCCGGUGAAUGUUCAGCAAGUCUGGAUGAAGAAACAAAUAGUUCACAAACCCCUGCACAAGCAAAGAAACACAGAAACAAAACCAGUAAAGGUGCAGGUUCUCCCAAAGGCAAAACCCCAGAAAGAAUACAGAAUAAAUCUUUGACACCGGAAUCGAGUGUAUCAGGCUCUAAAAAUGCUGUACCUCCAAAGGUCUGGUGUUCAGAAGAAAUGCCCAGAUCUUCCAGAGACCUGAAUGAAUUGGAUGUUGUACUUGCUGAAUUUGAAGACAUUGUUGAAGAGUACAGAGAUGCCAAUGAUUCUGCUGCCUGCAAGAAAGCAGUGGAUAUGUUUUUUAACAGUGUUAAGGAACAGAUUACAGAAACUAUAGAAGAGUCACAAAAACUGAAAAAUCUGAAGAGAAAAAAUACAAAGCUGCAACUGGAAAUUGGGAAAAAGAGGAAAGAGUUAAUUAGCAGGAGAGAGGAACUAAUUGAGAAUGAAUCAAAGCUGAAAAAAUUGCAAAAGGAAUAUGCAGAACAGGAAGAGCAGAAAUCCUGCCUAAAUAAAGCCCAGUCUUUCCUAAAUAAUCUCAGGGAGCUGCAAAACAAUUAUAUAACAUAUAAGGCCCAACACCCAGAGACAAAAGAAACUUAUGGAAAGUCAAGCCUCGCUGCUCUCCUGCAACAGUCUGAAACAAUUUUCCGAGCUGAGAGUCAUUUCCAAAAUAUUAAUGCUAAACUACAGUGUUUUGUUGACCAGCAGAAGAAAAAAGCCAAAAGCUGAAGGCAGUUUUGCAUAUUCUAUUGUAUUUUAUUGUAUACCGUUUUACAAAAAAAUAUUUUAUAAAAAGAUUUUCAAUAACUAAUGUCACUGGAAAUCAAUGUUAAGAAAUGAAACCUAUUACAUAUCAGCAUGUGUGCAUCAGAUGCGAGGGCAUGUCCCACAUCUCCUUCUAUGCAUGAUGCACGUGUCACUUUUUAUACACACAUAUAUACACUUUCAACUUUAUUUGAUAAAAUAUGCCUGAAGAAAGUACCACAGGUUGUUCUGUGAUAUUUAUAUAUACUUAUGAUAUCAUGGCCUUCUUGUGUGUCCUUUUUUCUUUCCUUUUUUUGUGUCCUUUUUUUCUUUCUUUCUGGUUUAUUAUGGGCUGAAAGUGGCUUCACACUGACCUUUAAGUUAUCUGGGUGAUUGUAUUUCCAGUCAUUAUGUAUCUUUCAAUUUGGUCCACUAGACAAAGAGACAAACAAAUGCUGCUGUUGUGUUCCUUUGGACUGACAGAUCUGAAACGAUGAACCACACAACAUUAAAGAAAAUCAUGCCAACAUUGAUUUCUGCUGCCAUGCAGUAUUAAUUCAUAUCUCAGUAAUUCGUGUAAGGCUGUUCUUUUAUGGCUAUUGCCCACCAGGUAGGUCUCUGCCUCACUGAGGGUCCCAGAGGGGUAGUGAUGCAGCUCCCAGAAGACUUUAUGGGGUGAUAAUUUCUGGUGAUGCUUUGCAGAAAAAGUUUACCAAGGCUCAGCAGGCACAGUGCUUUCUGUGGUCCCAGACUGGGUACGUUUGGCCCAGUGAUUGAAAGGAAACCAUAAUAGUCUGUCUGUGAUUGCAGGUACCAGUUCCCUACCAUAUAUCUCACCUUGUACCACUUUGAAUUGAUAGGUUAGAUAGAUAGUUAUAGAUAUACUGAAGUCCCCCUGUUUUUUAUAGUCUAUGCACCACCCACUAUGGAAAGAGGGGAAUUUAAGUUCCAGAAUCCACCACAUCACGAUGGAUUAAAGUGAGGGUUGCAUUACACUGGGGCUAGUAGGGUGGAAAACUGAACAUGAGCAGACUAUUAUAGUUUCCUUGCAACAAUCGACUUGUGUUUAAAGUAUACGUUCUCACAUUUAACUGCUGUAUUGGUUAUACUUGAAAAAAUAUGUUUGGAAUUGUGUCAGUAUUGCUUGUAUAUUUAUUCACACUUGCCAUAACCUUCUUAAAUAAUCUAAUGAUAAAGCCCAUGUUAAUGUGUCC